CGUUCAGUAAUUCUCGUUCGCCGCGCGGCUUCGCACGCCAAUGCCUCUCAGAUACCGCUCGCGAGUCAAAUUAAAGUAACUUCUUAACAGCAUAGACAAUAUAAAAACAAAUGGGAUAAAAAAGAAACAAGAAAGCAUAUAAAGACUCCAUUAUUUGAACUUCAAAAGUGAUCGUAUAUCUUUUUCGUGUGAUACUAGAAUAAGUUGUUUUAUUUUAGUGUAAGUUUUUAGUGUCCAAGUGUUUGUUUUAAGAUGGCAGAAAACGGAGGUACCAAACAAAAGCUUCAUGACGCUCCUAUAGAUACACCGUUACGACCGCCAGACACCACUGAACGACUGCAGCGCGCGCCCUUCGAGACCGCCCUGUAUCACGCCGGCUAUGGCAGCUUCCAAUGGCUGCUUCUAUGCACGUGUGGCGCGGUUUACGCGGUCUGCGCUCUUAGCACGACCACGCUGAGCUUCGUGCUGCCUGCCGCCGCCUGCGACUUCCAUCUAGAAUCUUCAGACAAGGGCCGUCUUACAGCCACACCGCUUAUCGGUAUGUGCGUGGGCUCGUACUUCUGGGGCAACCUGGCUGACGCCCGAGGGCGGAAGAAAGCCAUCAUGGGUGCUCUACUCGUAGACGCUGCUGCAGCUUUUAUAUCCAGUCUAAUGCAGUCUUUUCCUGCCUUCUUGGCGUUUAGAUUCUUCUCCGGCUUCGGCAUCAUCGGCGCCACGGGAUUGGUGUUCCCAUACUUUGGAGACUUUUUGUCGCUUCGUCAUCGUGACGUCAUGCUUUGCCGGCUUGAAGUCUUUUGGACUAUUGGCACUAUUUUCCUGCCAGGUAUCGCCUGGCUGAUCAUCCGGGAUCCCUUCUACAACUGGACGGCUCCAGAAGCAGCGUUCCAGUAUACGUCAUGGAGGGUCUUCGUAGCAGCCUGCGGGAUCCCAAGUCUCCUAGUCGUGUUGCUUCUAAUCCCGUUCCCAGAAAGUCCAAGAUACCUCCUCCAUGCUCAUAAGCCUGAAGAAGCGCUUAAGGUGUUGCGGAGGAUUUUCGUCGUGAACACCAAAUUGACAGAAAAGGACUUUCCGGUGGAAACGAUGAUUGGAGCUGACGAAGAUGGAGACGAGGAAGAAAUUGUAGCAGCAGACAACAAUAACGAAACCAAACCACCGAGGACAUUCAAGCAGAGACUGCAGGCUUUCUGGGACAGAAAGAAAAUGCUGGUCUCCCCUCCUUAUAUUGGACUUUUGGUGUUGUGCUGCUUUGUCGACUUUGGCCUUAUGUUCAGUUACUACACCCUGAUGAUGUGGUUUCCGGACUUGUUCGAGCGAUUCAGCCAGUUCACGGCAUAUUAUAAGGACGUUCCGGCAGGCGUGUGCGAAGUCUCGGCUAACCUCACGCAAAGGGCGACCAUGUCCCUUCUGAAUGAGAGCCUUUUGACCACAGUACGAACUUCACUAGAAGUGGACCAAUCAUGUGUCUUGGACGACAAAGUGUACAUCCACACUUUGAUUGUGGCCCUAAGCUGCCUACCCACUGCGCUUUCGGUUGGCCUCUCAAUCAACAUCGUCGGCAAGAAGCUCAUGCUAGUGAUGAUGCUGACGAUUUCCGGAUGUGCAGCGCUAGGGCUGAACUUGGUUUACUCCUCCUUCCAAAAUUUGAUUCUCUCUUGCAUCUUUGAGGCCAUCGUCAGCUGCACAGAGGCAGUGCUGUUCUGCGUCAUUUGUGAGAUCUUCCCCACUAAAGUUGCAGCCACAGCGAUGGCGGUAACGGUGAUGUGCGGCCGCAUCGGCGCAAUCGUGGGCAACGUGAUCUUCGGGGCAUUGGUCGACGAGCACUGCGUCGUUCCCAUUUAUAUGUUUGGCACGCUUCUUAUAACGAGUGGUCUACUCUGCAUAAUUCUGCCGAAGAGCACGCGGCCCGAGCGACCGCAAAUAUGAACUACACAGCUGUAUUUUGUAUUAAUAAAACACGUUAUCUCACAAAU